AAAGCUGCCACUGUCCUGUGGACUUAAACCUGGGUUGCUUCUCCUUUCACUGGGAUCAGGAAAGUCUUCCCAAAAUAUGCUCUAAACGCGCAACAUCAGAGCUUUUUAACCUUAGGUUGGCUAUAAAAAAAAAAAAAUCCUGUCUGCGUGGAAGAAGUUCACAAAAGAAGAAAAAGAAGGAGCAGUUAGAAACCAAUCGCCAGUUGUGCAGGUGGUGCACGUUGUUGAUCGGGGAUCAAAGACUCCAUCCAUUCAUCUCUUACCUCCUAGUUCAGUCUCACCUGUACUCAUCAGGAUGUCCCUGGAGACAUAUUCAGCGCUGGACGAGUCUUCGCUCCGGGCUUUGCUGGAUGGAACCGUGGAUCUGGACGAGAGGCGCCUCAUCCGUUCAGCCAUUCGGGACCUAAGGAGGAGAGAGAUUGAGGACAUGGAGGCCGCUUUGGCGAGCAAAAGAUUCAGACCGACGCGCCUGAAUCAGCAUGAGGACAAGGAGAACCAGCACAGAUCAGAAUCCAGUGACAACUUGAACAUUCUUUCACAAAAGCUACAGUCCAUCCAGGACGUUGAUGAGCUGACGAAAAUGCUUCGUGCUGCAGCCGAGUAUGAGGAGAGGAAGAUGAUCAGAGCAGCGAUCCGACGAAUCAGGGAUGAGCAGCUGCAAGUUUCUGUGGAAAAGAGUAAAGUUUCUGUCUGCCGCCUGGACAGCACGGAGUCCCAGUGCAUCAUGGGAGCUGCGGAGACGGGGAGUGGCAGUGACCUCCGGGCCCCGACCCAGGAGCUAAACGCACAGCAAACACAAUACCAGAGAGAGCCAGCGAGAAAAGGGACGAGCUCCGACUCCGGCAUGGUUCUGGUUCUUGAUCAUCGGGUAAAGGAUGACACUAUGCUGAUCCAGCCUCAGAAGGAAGCUGUGACCCCAGACUCUGACCUGUUACUGUCCAACCGGACAAGGUCGAACUCCACAGCUUCGGAUCGUAGUGGGACUUCUGUGCACUCUGUGAGCUCAGAGAAGAGUCUGGGCUCAGGCCCCCGAUCCCGGCUGGACUCUGGAGCCUCGUACAGGAGCCAGAGUUCCUUCCAGCGGGGUCGCCUUGACUCUGGCGGAUCAGAGCGCAGCAUCGGCUCCCUGUCUUCUGCCAGACAGAGACUGGGAUCAGAUGUCUCAGAUUCAUGUGUCAGACCUCGUUUGGGGUCUGUGAAUAAAGACGGCAUGGGUGUGUUAUCUAGAGGUCGGUUGGACUCUGUGACAUCCGACCUCAGCGUGGGUUUGUCUUCUGAGGAGAAGGCUCCAUUGGAGGAUGUAGAGAGAACAGGAAGUGGUUCAGGCAGCAGCACUGACUCAGAACCUGAGAAAAGCCAAAUUCCUGCCAGCAGUCAGAACCGAUGUAACCAGGAACUCCAUCCUAACCAGGAUGGACCUGAUGGGGCUGUUUUAUCUCGAAGUGGUCCUGUGAAUGGGCUCCACAAUGACCACACUCAGGGAAAUUUUAACUUCAAGAAGAUAACAUCUGAUGGAAAUCUGACAUUCCCUCAUGGCAAGGCCAAGGAAACGGCACCUGAAAAGAAAGAUGUCAUCUUGGAGAAUUUCAGUCGCACCAACUCUGUUCGUGACCGAAUGCGCAAGUUCACAGAAGCCAGCCAAAGCCCAAACCCCCCAGUUCUGAAGAAGAACCCUCUGAGGAACGGAACCACCUCUGGCCUUAACAAUUUCUCCAGAGCUGCAGAGGUUUUUGCUCAAACAUCAGCAACCUCCAGCAAAUCUAAAGACAAACCCACUAAGACAACUGUAGGAUCAGGUUCUAACACCUCCGCUGUGUCCCAGAGCCCAGCUGCACCUCAGCCCCUCAAAGGAGGGGCCGAAGGACCUCUGUCUUCAGCCAGCCAAUCACAAGCCUCCCUGGGUGGGACGAGGCUACCCGCUGAAAAAGAUGUGCCUGUCUGUGCUGAAUUAAAGGAAGACAGGACCCUAGGGAGAGCAGCUGAGAAAGAGAUCCCUGAGGGAGAGGAAGACCCCGACAUGAAGACUUUCCUCACGAUUGAGAUCAAGGAUGGGCGCACCACCACCAACUCCUCAUCCACCGCUUCAACGCCAAGAGGCAGCAUGAUGCCCAUCACCAGCAUGACCCCCCGCAUCACCACUCUGGGACAAAGACCAGAGUUGACCCUUGGCCUAAGAGCUACACCGUUCAAGAUCUCCUCAUCUAUGUUCCCUUCUGGAUCCUCCAUUAAGAUGGAGACUGAACCUGUUGUUGGCUCGGAGUCAUUAUUUUCAGCUCCUCAAUCCAAGCUUGUGACAUGUUCCGUCCCCACCAUCCCCAACGGCUUCAGCACCCAGACCAAAGCCAUUGAAAGCUCUGGAAAACUCACUGCUGAAAAGCUUGCUGCCAUUGAGGAUGAGGAGCUCCUGGACAAGAUGCUGGAUGAGUCCAAAGAUUUCGAGGAGAGGAAGAUGAUCCGUGCCGCCAUGAGAGACCUUCGCAAGAGAAAGAGAGAGGCCAUGCUGGGAUGUAGCCAGGAGGAAAUGGACCAAAGAGAGAAGGAGCGUGACACUCGUCUGCAGGAGCUGCGACAACAGAGAGAGGAGAGGGCGCAGAAAGGCCGCGCCGGACCCGGAGCUGGAGAGGUGGUGAUAAGGAAGAUGGAGAAGUCGGCUGACGGUUCGACCCUCAGCCAAGUGACAAAGACAAAUCGUUUCGCCCACUCUGAUGAUGGGAGCAAAUCAACACGCAGCACAGUUGUAGAAACCAGUUAUGUACAGAAGACAGACAGAGGAACAGUCCAAUCCAAAUCCUACAGCUUCACCUCCUCAUCCUCCUCCAACACAAGCAAAAAAGUUGGCAGCGUGUUUGAUCGUGAAGAUGAGACAACGUCUAAAACUGGUGGCAGCGGCGGUUUGUCCGCUGUCGAGCGACGGCAGGCGGAGAAGCGCAGAGAGCUGAUGAGAGCCCAGACGAUGCCUAAGACAUCCGCCAUGCAGACUCGGAAAGCCAUGAUAGAGAAGCUGGAAAAAGAAGGAGGAGGCCCUGGAAAUCAGGCAGUAGCCAAGGUAAACAAGGUGCAGCGCUCCACUAGCUUUGGUGUUCCCAACGCAAACUCCAUCAAGCAGAUGCUGCUUGACUGGUGUCGUGCGAAGACACGCUCGUAUGAGAACGUGGACAUUCAGAACUUUUCUUCCAGCUGGAGCAAUGGUAUGGCGUUUUGUGCCCUGGUGCACAAUUUCUUCCCUGACGCCUUCGACUAUGACUCUCUGAGCCCCAGCAACCGGAGGCAAAACUUUGAGGUGGCCUUCAGUGCUGCAGAGUAUAUAAAGCGUCUAUCGAGGCUGAGUAAACUUCUUAUUUCUGCAUUAACUCUGCCUCUAACCACCCCCCCCGAUGUGAACAACUGCGCUGACUCUGGUUUGGAAAACAUCCUCCUCCCAUCUGGGCCUUGUCCGUUAUCUAUCCCUCAUCUCUCUCUUAUCUCUUUUUGCAUCUCACCACUUUUGUUGACGCACCCAUCUGUUGUGUGUGUGUGUAUGCUGUCACAUGUAGCAGUUAGAAUAAAGUCUCAGCCUCAAUGGCUCAGCUUUUACUCUUUGUGUUGCAUCCUCACUCGUGUCUCCAGUCACAGAAGAUCCGCACAACAAACUCUGACACGACCCUCAUUCUGUGCACGAGUGUGUUUAGAGUCACCCCAUAGCUCUUUUUAUCCUAUUGUAUUUUUCACUGUUACAAAGUUGUUUUUUUCCUGUUUUAUUGUAUUAUUAAAGUCUAAAAUAGGCAUGGGUCGCUAUUAGGUUCUCACAGAUUGAGAACUGUGGCUAAAAAUACAAUCCAUUAUUUAUACAACAGUUUGAAACAAAAACUUAUAAUUAAAUUGAAUUAUUUCCUUUUUUUAAUCAGAUUUUAUUUAAAGAUUAUAUUGAGCUAUUUUUCAAGGGUUAUUACCAAAGUUAGAAUAAUCCGGUAUUUGUUUGUCAAAUCUUAAAACUAAGGCAAAAAAAGUAGUUUUUGUGCUUUUUAUAAUAUCUUUUUUGCCAUUCUGCUCUGCUUAGAGAAGACUCUUGGUGAUAUCAGCGGGCUAGCUGGGCUUUGCUGCCCUUAGCAUGCUCACUGUCCUUAGAAAACACCCUAACUUUGAUAAAGGCGAUGGGUGGCGCUCCUUUAGUUUCCAUUUGUUUGAUAGUUCAGGAUAGUAUAUUUCCCAUCUUCCAGCCAGCUGACUGGCAGUGUGCAGCAGCAUGUGAAAGAGGAGUUAUCCCAGAUUUCACUAGUUUUCAAACAUUUGGAGAAAUCCAUCCAGGAUUAUAUCAUAAAUGCGUCUUAAAACUUUAACUUUGUUUUUAAACCACUGUAUACCUGGAACCUCCGUAUACCUCGCUAUCCUUUCCGGGCCCAUGCCUAACCUGAAGUCAAUCACAGAAAAAAACAACACAUAAAAAUAGACUGAAUGGGCAUCACCUGAUGCUCAUUCAACACCUUGUUUUGUCCUGUGUAUGUAUGCCACAUGUUGGAUGUACUGCAGAGUUCAUGAAGCAUGAUAACUCAUGGAUGUAUUUUUGAACACUGGAUGUAAUGUUUAUUUUUGUGCUCUUGUUUUUAUUUCAUUUGUUCUCUCACUCUUGUUUAUUGGCUGCUCACGGCUCUGUUUGCUUUUCCUUCCCUCCUCCCUGUUUUCUCUGUCCUGUUCCCUCCCUUUAUCUGUCCUUCAUCCCCUUUCUGUCCUGUCCUCCUGUUCAUUCUCUCCUCUGACAACCCUUCACCUUCGGG